CCCCUAUAGAGAUCUAGGAAUGCCAAGAGCCAAAAUUUGAACGUGUUAAUUUUCUUUUUUUGCAUUUUAAAUUUAACAAAUGUUUUGAUUAACGACGGCCAUGUCUGCAAUUGGAAUCAACGGUUUUGGGCGUAUAGGCCGAAUGUUUGCCCGCCAGGCUCUAGUGCGUCCCGAUGUCCAGAUUGUAGCCAUCAAUGAUCCCGGACUGAAUCCCAAGUACCUGGCCUAUAUGCUGCGUUAUGACUCCACCCACGGCAUGUUCAACUAUAAGAUGUCAAUAGAGGGCAACUGCCUGGUAGUUUGCGACAAAAAGAUUCAAUUGCUGGCGGAGAGUGACAAGAAUAUCAAGUGGCGCGACAUGGGCGUUCACACGGUUGUGGAGUGCUCUGGACGAUACACUACCCUCAAGGAUGCCCAGGCUCACUUGGACAGCGGAGCUAAAAAGGUGGUCAUAUCGGCGCCUUCGUCUGAUGCUCCAAUGUUUGUUUGCGGCGUUAAUCUGCAUAGUUAUAAGCCGAAUUCAAAGAUCAUAUCGAAUGCCUCUUGUACGACCAACUGCUUAGCUCCGCUGGCCAAGGUGGACGACAAUUUUCAGAUUAGUGAAGGCCUAAUGACCACCGUACACGCAGCCACCGCCACCCAGAAGAUCGUCGAUGGCCCGAGCCAAAAACUGUGGCGAGAUGGGCGCAGUGGUAUAUCCAACAUCAUACCGGCUGCCACGGGAGCAGCCAAGGCAGUGAGCAAGGUGAUCCCGUCUUUGGACGGGAAGAUCACGGGUAUGGCGUUUCGUGUGCCGGUGCCCAAUGUUUCAGUGGUGGAUCUCACCUGUCGCCUCAUAAAGCCAGCUAAAAUGGAUGAUAUCAAAAUCAUUAAGGAAGCCUCUGAGAGUGAUAUGAAGGGUAUUCUGGGUUACGUAGAUGAGGGUGUGUCCACCGAUUUUAAUGGCUCCCGAUUUGCCUCUGUCUUUGAUGCCAAGGCGUGUAUCGCUAAUGAUAACUUCGUCAAGCUGGUCAGUUGGUAUGACAAUGAGACGGGCUAUGCCUGCCGUCUCCUGGAUUUGGUUAUCUACUCACAGUUGGUGGAUAAGUGUGCCCUGAAGGAAAAUGAGAAGAAACAGUACAAGGAACAGAUUUAGGAUCAGAUUUAGGGUGCCAAAAAGUAGGUUGAUCUUUGUUCAAGAAAAAGUUUAAGACAGAAGACGCAUUAGGCUUACGAAGAUUUUAUUUACUAAAUUAAUAGUUUAAGGAAAUUUCGAAUUAAAUAUAUUAAAUA